AUGAAGCGCUAUAAACGUAAACGAGGAAAGAAAACAUCAAUAACAAAACAAGAAUCACCUGUUGCUAAUUCAAAUCCUAAUCAAUCAAACUCUCUAACCGUCGGAGACGAUUCACCACCUAAUAUACAGUAUGCAAAAAUGCGUAUUAUAUCGUCGCCAGUCUUUCAAUUACGUGAUAUAAUUCGUGCUCUAUUAUCAUCCGCUCCACCAUCAUGUGAUCUUAUAUCAACAUUUUUAACUUAUGGUCAAUCAUUAGGUGCAUCAGCUAUUCAUGGAUAUCUUGUUGAUCGUUGUUAUGAUACUCAAACACUGAUAAAUGAUGAAUUUUCUUCUUAUCAAGGUGUUGCAUUAUGUAUAACAUAUGAUGCACAAUUAACUGAACAACAAUGGGAAGAUGUUUUUGGAAUUCAUGAAUCAACAUCAACAAUAUCAAAAACAGCAUCUUCAUUUUUUCAUUUAGCUGAUUUUUUAUGUAUAUUAAGUGGUUCACGUGUUGUAUAUUAUGAUCCAAAUGAACGUAUGACAAAUGAUGAACGUGCUUAUGUAUCAAUAUUUGAUCUUGAAAAUGAUGAUAUUGAAAUGUUUCAAGAUCAAUUUUCUCCAUUAGAUUAUUUUUUAUUAAAAUCUAAAACAUUUUAUAAUGGAACAUUAAUACGUUUACCAUUACGAACAAAUUCAACAACACAAAUAUCAACACAUAUAUUAACAUUAGAUGAUAUUAAACAACAAAUCUUAAGAUAUUUUCAUUCAAAUGAAUCAUUUAUUGAAUUAUUAUUAAAUCAAACCAAUUUAAAUACAAUUGAAUUUGAUUAUACAAAAGAUUUUCAAUUAUUAACAAAAUUUUUAUCAAUUAAUAAACAUACAUUAACAACAAUUCAUGAUGCUCAAUCAACUACACAACUCAUCCAUAUGACAUUAUCUAAACAAAUUGAUGAUAUUAAUACAAGUGAUAUAUCUCGUUGGUUAUUAUCAAUUAAUAAUGAAUUUAAUGAAAUUGAUAAACGUGAUAUUCAAUUAAAACUUUUACUUCCUCUAACUACAUUUUCAACAUUAAUUGAAACAUAUAUAUCAUCAUUAAUAUCACAUAAUUAUCAAUCAAUACAAAUAACAUCAACACGAACACUUUAUUAUUGUGUAAUACCAUCUUUAAAUACAUUUUGUAAAGAUGAUAUGUGUAUACAAUUACGUCAAAUAAAAUUUCCAAAAGCAUAUGCUCUAUUUCUUAAAGAUUUAUCAAGAUUAAUCAAACCAACAACAACAUCAAAUUUAUCGAUUGAUCUUAUAUGGGAAUUAAUGCCAGAUAUUGAUGAACAUCAACGUUUACUUAAUGAUACUCAAAAAUUUUCUUUACAACAACAACAACAACAAUAUCUUAAAAUUACCAAUAAUCUCAUACCAGAUAUAUGGGCAGAAAUUGGUAAACAAGAAUUGUUCUAUUCAGUUACUGAUGGUUGGGGUUAUGUUGCAAUUGAAGAUAUGAUUAUAAAUAAUGUUGAUGCAGGUCCAAUUCAAGAUGUUCUUACAUUCGUAUUUUCAGAAGCUAAUGCACCUAUUGUUAUUCUACCCUCUCAUGUAAUCAAUGGUUUAUGUAAAUAUUCUAAUAAACAUUAUUUACAAGUAAUGACACCAUUUCAUGCAUCGGAAUUAUUAUCAAAAAAUUCCUUAAUACUUCCUCGUUUAACAUAUGAACAAAAACUAUCAUUAUUAACAUAUAUUCUAUUGAAUGAUCCUGAUCCAGGUCUUGUACUUGAAUUACAAUUAUUACCAUUAGCUAAUAAUCAAUUUAUAACAUUUCAAAAGAAAUCAUCAUCGUGUAUUUAUAUUAUUGAUCAUAAUUCGAAUUUUUUAAAAUUAUUCAAUGAAAGACAAUAUGAUAAAUUUUUAAAUCCAAAUAUUGACAAGAAAUUAUUCGAUAUUUUAUCCUCACAAAAUUUUCAAGGUAGGAUUUUUAUAUUUGUUAAAGCUAGAAAGAUUCUAUAUCUAUUAUGCGGGCUUUUAUUUAUUCGUCUCAUUCCAUGCUAG